CACCGCCUCCCCGCCCGCCCGGAUCCAGCCGGGCGCCCCGUGCCGCGGUCGCGUUGCUCGGCGGAGCUGCUGCGGGCGCUCGCCGUCUCUGCGCGGGCUUGGAAUAUGGUUGGGGAAAUGGAAACCAAGGAGAAGCCGAAGCCGAGCCCCGAUUACCUGAUGCAGCUGAUGAACGACAAGAAGCUGAUGAGCAGCCUCCCCAACUUCUGCGGGAUCUUCAACCACCUCGAGAGGCUGCUGGACGAAGAAAUUAGCAGAGUACGGAAAGACAUGUAUAACGACACAUUAAAUGGUAGUACGGAGAAGAGAAGUGCAGAAUUACCAGAUGCUGUGGGACCUAUUGUACAGUUACAAGAGAAACUAUAUGUGCCUGUAAAAGAGUAUCCAGAUUUUAACUUUGUUGGAAGAAUCCUUGGGCCCAGAGGACUAACAGCUAAACAGCUUGAGGCAGAAACAGGAUGCAAGAUAAUGGUCCGAGGGAAGGGCUCUAUGAGGGACAAAAAGAAGGUCUCCUUUAAGAGCAGAGACAGCCAUGAUCCAGCAGUUUUGGAGGUAGAGGAAGAACAGAACCGAGGCAAGCCCAACUGGGAACACCUGAAUGAAGAUUUACAUGUACUUAUCACUGUGGAGGAUGCGCAGAACAGAGCAGAAAUAAAGCUGAAGAGGGCUGUUGAAGAAGUAAAAAAGUUACUGAUACCCGCCGCAGAAGGAGAAGACAGCCUUAAAAAGAUGCAGCUGAUGGAGCUUGCAAUUCUGAAUGGCACCUACAGAGAUGCCAACAUCAAAUCACCAGCCCUUGCCUUUUCUCUUGCAGCAACAGCCCAGGCUCCAAGGAUUAUUACUGGGCCUGCGCCUGUUCUCCCACCAGCUGCCCUGCGUACUCCUACGCCAGCUGGCCCUACCAUAAUGCCUUUGAUCAGACAAAUACAAACCGCUGUCAUGCCAAACGGAACUCCUCAUCCCACCGCUGCAAUAGUUCCACCCGGACCCGAAGCUGGUUUAAUUUACACACCAUAUGAAUACCCCUACACGCUGGCACCAGCUACAUCAAUCCUUGAGUAUCCUAUUGAACCUAGUGGUGUAUUAGGUGCGGUGGCUACUAAAGUUCGAAGGCACGAUAUGCGUGUCCAUCCUUACCAAAGGAUUGUGACCGCAGACCGAGCCGCCACCGGCAACUAACCUAUGACCUUCUGACCUCUGAACUCUUCACCCAAUGAUGACCUGACCAUGCCUGCCUGCUGAUCAGUUAACUGGUAAACGCCUUUGCUUGCCUGUCUUCAGUGCAGCGAGCUGGGGCACUUGUCCGUUCGUCUUACCAUCUAACAAAACAGACAAAGAAAUUGUUGUCCUCCAACUCCGCUUUUUGUUGUUCUCCUGUUUGGGUGAAAGUGGUUCUAGAACCUGCACUGAAUAGUAGUAAAGCAAUAAGGUCCAACUCAUCCCUCCGCACUGAUCAUCCUCUAGUGUCCUGCCCCAAGCGAACGGUAAGGAGGCCUCGCACGAGAUGGAGACAGAUGUCCCUUAACUACCCGAUGACAGAGGCAGUUACUGUGAGAGACUUCUAGGAAUAUUUUUCUUCUCAGAAAAAAAAAUUAAAAAAUUAAAAAAAAAAAACAGAGAAACUAAAAUAAGGAAGUCAAAGCUCUCUCUGAAUGUACUGUGUGAUGAUGCAUCAUGCAUGAACCUUUGGUCAGGGAUGUCAUUGGGGAAGGGAUUCCAAAAAGUAUUCAAAAUUUGAUAUGCUGUUUAGUCACUACCGGUGCCCUCAAAGGGCAGAUGUUGCAGCCUUUUUUUCUAUUGCCUGCCAAAUUGGACAUUUUAAAGGAAAGUGUGCCAUGAAAUGCAGAUGACGAUGACUUUUUAGAGCUACGUUAAUGCAGAGAACAAAACAGCAGCACUAUUGAAAUAAAAUCUGCGUUAAAUUACUUUAACCGUAUUUUAAUCUCCUCGGAAGAUUACAUGAGAACAAGGUACAUGCAUUAUGUGUCACAUUACUGGGCAAACUGUUCAAAUAUUUUUUUUAAAACCUCCCUGUAUAGAAAAAAUUUCAUUAAGGAUGUAAAAGCCAUGCUUGCCUAUUUGCUGUAUACAUGUAAUGAAAUUGUAGAUAAAGUGUAGUGCAUUGAAACAAAAUGAACAAAAAAGUAGAUACUUUUACUAUACAAGGGUGCUGGUGCAGAAAAAAAAAUAUAUUUUUUGAAAUGUAGCAUUUUAUACUUUCAAGUGUUAUAAAAAAAGAAAAAAAGAACAAAGAAACCCUUUAUUUCAUUAAAUGAUUUUUUCUGGUGGUUGUCAAGAAACAAAAGACCAAAAGAGCCUUUUAGUCUUUCUUUUUUAUUUUUUAAGUAUUGGAAUAAGUCUAAAGAAAAGGAAGUGCCUUAUUUUCUUCAUGGUCAUUUAGUCAAAUGUCUUGUAUAAUCAGCUUCUCCCUCAGACAAGUUACUGCAUGCCACUCAGUCGCCCAGUAUGUGAAAGAAGCUGUGAGGGAAGACAAAUGAUGAGUUGACCAUAUUAAUUACCUGAUUUUUGCCAUAACUAGUGUGAUGUGACUUUGCCAAAAUCUCAUUUCAUAAAAUAUUUGUUAAGGUUUUGCCAAACCAGCCCAUUGGUGUUUCAACCACUCUACUUUUUAAAUCAUAGCAAAUGCCAUACUUGUGCAAUGUAAACCAAAGGGUUCUGUGAUGUGCUGUCUCAUGCUAAAUGAGACUAUUAGCUGACAAAAGUUUUUAGAGCUGGAAGUAUGUCAUUUUUGUUCAGGGAUGGAGAUGAGUAUUUUUGCUUUCAGUUGGAAUAAAUAUACAUCAAAUAUAGUAGGAUUUGGCAUCACCCAGAAAACUGAUGUUCUGUGGGUAAUGAACUCAAAAGUGCUUAGCUGGUUUUCAGUGAUAGUCUGAGUAUGUCCCUCGUUUUCACAAGCAGCUCCUGCACUGACAAACAGCAUGCAAGUUAGUUAUUUCAGCUCUUCCUUGAUUAUUGUUAGAUUUGCCCACUGGCUUUUCUUCAUAAGAUAAGCAGGAGAAAGACAUCAGUUAGUUGUUUGAAGUCCAGCUGUACUUUAUUUUUAACCCUUAUUUCCACGAGAUUCAUACAGCUGGGCAAUUGUAAGAGCCUAAGCUGUUGAACGCACAGUAUUUAAUUCUGACAACAUUAAGUAUUACUUUGUGUGGGGCUCAGAACUAAGCUUGGCAAAUAUCAGGUGAUAACUUUAUUCCCCUCUUGUCAACUUAUUCUCCUCCUGCAAAUCUUCACAGCUUCCAAAUGAAAGGUCAAUAGUAAGCUAAGAGGGCUUACAUUUUUUAGCACCUGCAUGGUGACCUCAUCUUACAUCUUGUCUCACCUGGAAAUAAUUAUCAGUUUAUUUACUAUGCAAUAGACAUUCAUCCUUCGUAUUCAGCUAGCUUUUUGUUUAUUGUGCCACUGGCUUUGUCUUCCUGUUACACAUACAGUUGUGUUGAUCUUAUUUACAGUAUAUGCUGUGCCAUUUUGAUUUUAUUUUGGUUGGUUGGUUGAAUAAACUUGCGACACUCAAACAUUUGAAGAGAGAUUUGCUAAAACAAUACCAGUAUUUGAUCCAGUUUCAUCUCAACUAUGAUAAAACCUGGACAUUUUAGAUGUUUAUCAAAGGUCUUUUACUGGGGCAGAGGGGAAGUGUAUGAAAUAGAUGUGUGACAUGUGAAAGUAAUGUUUGCUCUGAACAAACUUCUGAAAAUUUAGUUGACAAAAUUUUGGAUGAACUUAAAAAAAAAUAGCAUGAAUUUUGAAAUCUCUGAAUGCCUUGGUUCUCAGUAUUAUCAUUCUUUAAUUACUUUUUCUUUAUUAAAAUAAGUAGUUUUAAGACUUCUUUCUGACAGUAUUAUGUAAUUUUUUUAGAGUGGGUAGAUGGGAGUGUCGCUUGUAUGUAACCGUACAGAUGACAUGUAUUUGUCUAUUCUUUAUUAUCUUAGUAGUUUCAUGCAAUGUAUGUACCAUAACCAACCUAUUGCCUAUGAGAAACAUGUAAGAUAAUGUAUUUACAGCCAUUGUUACAAGUUUAUAAUGUAUUUUUCUAUCUUGUUUUAUAUGUAUGUUAUAUAACAUUCAAAAGAAUUUUUUUCCUGAUCGAGAAAAAAGGAUACAAAAUGCAAAACCCACAAUUUUGAUAACUGAAAAAUUGCCAAUUGUUUUGCAGUACUUUAUUAUAUUGGGAGUGUUGUCUUCUUGGGCUUUUAGUUAGCUACUGGAUGAAUACAUUAGACAUAUUUGGGUUUUAGUUGGGUUUUUACAUAGCUUGCAUUUAAAUUCUUUGGUUCUUUGCUGUUUCUAUUAACCCAUAGCAUUAUUUUAAUAAAUGUUAUAAUACCAACCUACUAACUCUGGACUAUGUCUGUUUAUUAACCAUUACAUGUUUAAUUAAAAUAAACAAAUAAAGACAGAAGAAUGUAAAGUCUUGAGUUACUGGACUAACCCUGAAGAACGUGACCACAGAUAACACAACGUGACUUGUUUUUAUGUUGUUUGUCAGCUUGACAUUCUGCACACUACUAUUAAGUUGGCUUUGGUCAUUCUGGCCUUUUACCUUGGGGAAUAGGUGCCAGUAGAAAUGGGAACAAAGUAGCAUUUUUUGAGGCAUUCUUGUAGAGUCUUGCCACUUGCCUUUCAGCAUCUGCAUUACUAAUUCCACACUUUCUUUUUCUCUCUCUAAAAUAAUUACUGUCGGCUCACAGCAGAAGAGCAAAGAUGCCUGUAUAUUGGUAAAUCAUGAUGGUGUACAGAAACCAGUUUGAUUCUUUGUUGAACCAUUCAGAGGUUGCAGUUAAUCUUGUAGUAAUUUGUGAUUUGUUGGUUUUGCACCUGGUUCACUGUUGCAUCAUGCGACAUUUCUAAGCACAAAAUACUUCUAGAUAGAAUUACCGUACAUUGAAACCUGGAGGUUUUCCUUGCCACAAGUGCCUUAUUUUCUUCCUGCCACACGGUUUUGAACUUUUGUUUGUACUUCUGCUAUAGUCUCUCAGUAUUGCGUAGCUCAGGGGAGUACAAUUUCUUGUAAACCAAAGGUCAAACCAGAUCAUUUCCUAAUGACUGCAGAAAGUACAAAAAUUCACCUAUCACUGUAUUACCAAGCAACAGCCAUUUCAGAUUCCAGGGCUGUCUUUAUGUCAUCUUUAUCCCUGUGGAUGACUGUAGCAACAUGAAUGCAGGGAAUUGAAAUGGAAAAAAUGCUGUUUUGAAUGUACAUCUAUGCAAAUAUUUUUACAGAAACAUUUUUCUCCGAAAGCUUCUGCUGCCUGAGGCUCCUUUACAUAUCCCCAGGUUUUUCUUCUAGAUUUGUAAUCUUAACUGGACAGUGAUUGCAGCUAAUGUCAAGGGAGAUCCUCGAUGUAGAUAACUCUUCAGAUAUCAACAGUUUUUGUGAAAGCUUAGUCUUCUCCUGGAGAUAGUAAAAAUUCAGAUGAGUCUUUGCAUCUGUUCAAAUGCCUUCUUUAAUUUAUGUUUGAAAUUACAUAUCUUGAAAUCCAUGUGAUAUAACUUUAAAAAGUUCACACAGUAUUAGUAGGAAUUAAAAUAGAAUGCAUGUUUAUAGAGAAAAACAGUCUAGCUCUGAUGAAGAUGUUAGUUUUCUAAUGGUAUGUAGUUUUACUUGUACAGGAAUCUUUCUUAAUUUAACAGAUCAUGAAUACCUUGCUAUUCUAAAAGUCAGCCACAGGGAGAGGAUAAAUUUAGACAUUUAGUACAGAUAACAUCAGGACCUUUUGGUUGUAUAAUGGCACAAGUGUCCUUUCAGAGUCAAAAAUUUAUAUUCCUAAAGAAUUUUGUCAGAGGCACACAUCUAAAUUUGGUUAAGUGCUCUCUCCAGUUCAGGUGAAAAUAUUCAGAUGGGACAAAAGAUUAGUAUUUUAUGUUGAAGUAUACUUCUGUUCCCAGAAGUACUGCAUUUCUGUAAUAUUUUUAUUGUAUUUUUAUUAGAUAUGAAAUACUGUCAUACUUUGUCCACAGUGCAUUUUCAUCUCAUUCUUCAUUAUAUGCAGUGGUGAAGGUUGCUGUAAGUUUUGAAGCACUGAUAAGGUGAAGGACAGCAAAAAAGGAAAACUCUAAAGUCAAAAUUUUAUAUUAGCUGUUGUUGUCCACCAGAUGUAUUUCUCAGUUUACGUAAGCGCCUGUCUGAAAAUUUAACUAUUUUAUGCUUUGUCUGCUUAUAGUAAAGAAAUGAGUUAUUUUUAGAGCUGAAUUUAAGGAUGACUUCAGUAUUGUUAAAUCACUGAAGCCAGGUUGUCCUAUAUUAUUAUUCUGGGGUUAAAUUGUCCUAACAUUUGAAAGAUCAUACAUUCAAGUCAAUUGGAGAAUUGCUGUUUGAUCCAAUCAAGUGCGAUUUAUCUUAAGGUAAAUCUGUUAUUUUUUUCAUUAGGUCAGAGUAUAAACAAAAACAUCACAGAGCCUUUCAAAGUGAAAUCUGAGCAAUGCUAUUCACAUCUUUAAAGUGAACUGCUGUAGCAAAGUACAACAAAUUUGGCUUCUCCAAGAAUUUGUUGGGUUUUUGUUUUGUGCUAUCAAUCCAGAAUAUAUUUUAUAAAGAGUCUUCAGGGCCAUCUUUGGAAUGUUUUUAAUGUAUACUGACAACAUUGAUACUUUAUUUGAACAUACCUUUAAAAAGUAAUCCCAAAUCCAUAUGUAACAAAUGGCUUACUCCUAGAUUGUACUCUUUGAGGGGGACCACUAAAAAUCUUUCUGCCCUGAAAAUGCAGGGAAACAUGGAAGUGUGUUGCCAUCCAUUAAGAAAUCGCUUUAAUUUGGAGGAAACUUACUUAAAAAUAUAUGAAACCUGAUUUUUUUGUGUCUCAGUAAAAAUAGCAGCCAUCAUAAAUGGCACAUUGUACAGAAUGGAAUCUGAGUAACGCAUUCCUAGGUCUGGAAGUACAUAAUUGUUUUUGGAAUCUAUUAUGUUUUUAAUAAAUUUGAUAUAUUUUUCUAAAACACUAUUAAUGGAACAGUGUCCAAAUAACACAUGGUAAUCAAUGUUGAAUCAAACUGGUUAACAAAAGUACAGUGCUCUUCCUUCUAUGUGCCUGCGCACUAAUUGCAGGUGGUAUGGUUCUGUGUAGGAGAUGGGUGUUAGGCACAGCAGGUCGCGGUGCUAAUUUCUUGGUGCCAGCAGUUCAGAUGUCCAUCUUUGACAGCAGACUAACUGGGAAGAAUCUAAUUCCCAAGGCAAAGAUUAACUGAGAUGUUAGAAGAAUUAACUGAGAAAACGGCAACAUCAAACAACAUACAUACAUAUAUGCUUUGACUUGUAUUCUGGCAGUUUGUGUGAAACAUUUAAGGUUUUGUUUGUGCAAAAUAAUGUAUUCUGGAGGGGGAAAACAAACAUGGACAUUGCCAAAACACAUGUAAAUAAAACACCAUUUAUGACUGUACAUUAUGUGCAAUAAAGUAACUGGAAAAAGUGCAUGUACUUUAUCCUCAAAAGCAAACUGACAGCUCUCAAAGCUGUAGCUAUAGUUCUAUUUUCUGAAAAGUUAAAUUUUAUUCUGUAUCCAAACAGCAGAAUAAAGAAUGUACAUUUUUCACACU